UGUGUAGAGAGUCAAGGGCUGCGGAUCACUGCUGGAGUACAACAUUUUGCAAGCAGCUCUGCAGAAGGAACACCUGUUUCAAUCCACCCAAGCAAAAAUAAAAAAAGGCAAGACUUCUACAUUAUUUUGUCUGCUGGGUCAGCGCCUCCCAUUCAAACCCACUGGACACCUCUGCUCAUCAUUAAAAAAAAAAAAAAAAAAAAAAAGCUUUUGGAUAAUAAAUCUACUCAUCAUAUCAUCAUAUAGAAGAUCAAAGUUUCAUGCGGGGAUUUGAUUUGUAUGUUUUCUUCUGCAGGCAACGUGCGGUAUAUAUAUAUACAUGUAUACAUGUGUAUAUACCCAACCUACUAUAUAUUCUACAUAUGUAUAUUCUACAUAUAUAUAUAUAUAUACAUAUAUUUGCAUCAAGGAUACACGCUGAUGCAUGCAGUCCAAUAGUGUAAAGAGACAGCGCAUGCCUUUUUGGAGUAAGGAUCCAUAAUUCUGACGUAGUCUGUAUAUCUUUAAAAAAAAUCGUGUAACGUCGGCUUUUAUUUGAAGUUGGCAUGGUCAUUCCUACCUUAACCCAAAUGGAGGAGCUACGGAUUUGUAUUGUGAUCACAGCCGGACGGGUUGGCGAGCUUGCCAGUUAAGACCUGCGGGAUAUACAGUAUAUUAUACAUUAUGCUAGUGUGUGAGUAUUGAGUGGUGGUUUCUUACACUAACUGUGGUUUGACCUUGAACCUGUGUACCAGCCCAAACAAAAUCUUACUUUUCCUAAUGUGUGUGUUUAAUGGAUUAAAGGCAGCCCCGCUUCGCCAGUAGCUGCUGCUGCUGCUGCAGGGAGGGAGUGGUGCAGAUACCUAGUAAUAAGAUCUCUCGGGUUGACACCAUUAUUAUUGUUGUUUAUUCUUGUUCUCUAAAAGCAGAAUCUUCUGAUGGCUCCUUUAGGUGAAGUUGGGAACUAUUUCGCUGUUCAGGAUGCGGUUCCUUUUGGGAAUGUGCCUGUUUUACCGGCGGAUAAUCCGGUUUUCUUAAGCGAUCACCUGGGCCAGUCGGAAGCUGGGGGUCUACCCAGGGGGGCUGCAGUAACGGACUUGGAUCAUUUAAAGGGGAUUCUGAGAAGGAGGCAGCUCUACUGUAGGACUGGAUAUCACUUAGAGAUUUUCCCCAAUGGUACCAUCCAGGGAACAAGGCAAGACCACAGCAGAUUUGGUAUACUGGAGUUCAUUAGUAUAGCAGUGGGCCUUGUCAGCAUUCGUGGUGUGGACAGCGGACUCUACCUCGGCAUGAAUGAGAAGGGAGAGCUGUAUGGGUCGGAAAAGCUCACGCCGGAGUGUGUAUUCCGGGAGCAGUUUGAAGAGAACUGGUACAACACCUACUCCUCGAACCUGUUCAAACACGCAGACACAGGACGCCGGUAUUACGUGGGGCUAAAUAAAGACGGGACUCCAAGAGAGGGGACUAGGACUAAACGCCAUCAAAGAUUUACACAUUUUUUACCAAGGCCUGUGGACCCAGACAAAGUCCCUGAACUAUAUAAAGAUAUUAUAAACCAAAGCUGAUAACAGGAGGUCCUUCUGUUUAGAGAAAAAAAAGAAGAAGAAACAACAACAACAACAACAAACCAGAAACCAAACAAAACCACUAUAGAGAUUCCAUGCGGUGGGUUCCUAUUGGGUUCCUAUUGGGUUCCUAUUGGGUUCCUAUUGAUUAGCUGCGUCAUCACAUCCGCUCCACUGUUGCCAAACUUUUUUCGCAUGCAUAAUGUACGAGGGAGGAUUACAAGAGACAUGCUGGAUUUGUUCUGCACUUAAACAAACGGACUGUCCUGUUAGAGGAGAACCAAACUCGCCCACCUGCUUGAUUUUGUUAUGAGAGAAAGAGGAAGAAAAAGAGAUAGAGAGAGAGAGAGAGAGAGAGAGAGAGAGAGAGAGAGAGAGAGAGAGAAGGGGACUGGUGCAUGCUGGGAGAUGGGCAUAUGCUGUAAAUUUUUGUUUUUUAUCAGUUCUACUUCAUCUUGUAUCAGCAUAGCUGCCAUAACUUUUGAUUCAUCCGGAUGCAGGGCUGGUGGCCCACUGAAACCUAUGCUGUAAUUAUAUUGGCAUGUAGGAUGCAGUCUUAAAAGAAUAAAGAUAAAGCAAGAGCCAUUCAGUUAAUAAUGGCUCACCGUGGAGCGUAAAGCAAAGACCUCUUAGAAAAAGAAAAGAAAAAAACGAGAAAAAAUAACAAACUUACAUUUAUUUAUAGAAAACUUUCAAAGGCAACAUUAUAUUUAUUUUAUAUAUUUAUUUAUUAUAUAGAGUUUAUUUUUAAUGAAAUAUGUAUAGACCAAGAUCAAGGCAUUUCUGGAAAGCUUGAGGUUCUGUAAGCAUUUUGGAUGCCAGAGGACACUAGAAGCCUGUGUUACUGUAUGUCCAUGCAAGGAAGAAAACAAAGACGCACACCCACACGAGAAACUCUAGGGACCCUUGUACUGAAGGUGACAAUCUAUAUGUCCAUGCAAGGAAGAAAUCAAAGACACGCACCCACCCACUCUAGGGACCCUUGUACUGAAGGUGACAAUCUGUAUGUCCAUGCAAGGAAGAAAACAAAGACGCACACCCACACGAGAAACUCUAGGGACCCUUGUACUGAAGGUGACAAUCUGUAUGUGCAUGCAAGGAAGAAAACAAAGACACGCACCCACACGAGAAACUCUAGGGACCCUUGUACUGAAGGUGACAAUCUGUAUGUGCAUGCAAGGAAGAAAUCAAAGACACGCACCCACACGAGAAACUCUAGGGACCCUUGUACUGAAGGUGACAAUCUGUAUGUGCAUGCAAGGAAGAAAUCAAAGACGCACACCCACACGAGAAACUCUAGGGACCCUUGUACUGAAGGUGACAAUCUGUUUUUUGCCCAUAUUAUUGUAAUAAUAUGCUCACCACUCAUGACACUUGAGAAUUCACUCUGCUGACUGCUUGUUACAUGGCUUUCCCCCAGAGGAUUAAAGAUAAAGCUGGGUCUUAC